GACUAUUGAUAUUCUACUCUUUACCACAUUUGAAGUUGCAACAAGAAGCCAUCUGAAAGCAAACCUGGAAGUUUAAAUAUCGUACUGCACUGAUGGCAACUACUCACAACAAGACCAAGGCCUUCAUCCUCCUCACACUAACAGUCUCUUUACCCAGUGUCAUUAUCAUCUACUCCAUGAGCAAGUCCAAUCCCACCGCUAACUUCAGAAGAAUUAAUCCGAGAGAUUCCAUUUCUAUAGCAGCAACAACCGACUCCACCAAUAAUGGGCCUCCAUUCAUUGCAAACAUUCGUCCCUUUCCACCAAACAAAAGAUCUCAAGUCGUACCAACUAUUGCAAAUCGGACAAUAAAACACUCUACUAAUUGUGGCUCCUCUGUUCGUGUUGUGUUCCUACCUGGCAACUGGAUCGAUGCAACUGAUAGUGGCUACCAGGCUCAGAACUGUGACGUCCCCUGUAUGUAUACUAAAGAUACUAGCUCUAGUGCUGUGAAGAGUGCAGACGCAGUGGUUGUGUACCUACCCUCCCACUCCAAACACCCCGAUAAUCUGCUCAAGAAGUACAGAAUCGAUUCAAACAAAGUCCUCAAAGUUGGAAUGAGUAUGGAGUCCAUUCGUUCCCACCCCCAUCAGUUUGACUAUCUCUCCGAGUACGAUAUCGAGAUGUCGUAUCGAAUGAGCUCACAUGUUCCAGAUCCAUACUUCACAUUUGCUCGAGGCAAGCAGAACUUACUUGAAGAAACGAAUUCAACGUGGAAAUCGAGAGAAAAAGCCGUCCUCUUUGUUGCAAGAAACUGCAAAUCUAACAGUCAACGAGAACAGUUGGUAAAGAUGCUACAGAAGUUUGUUAGAGUGGAUUCAGUUUCAAGUUGCCUGAACAACAAACACUGGCCAUCAGACAUUCCAAGAAUUGACAAGAGAGCUCUUUUGAGACGCUACAUGGCUAUAUUAGCAGCUGAGAACUCUAUUGAAGACGAUUAUGUAACAGAGAAAGUGUAUGCUGGACUAAUCACAGGGGCUGUCCCUAUUUACUAUGGAGCACCAAAUAUCGAUGAGUUUGUUCCGUCAGAUUCUAUUAUCAAAGUGCCACAUCCACUGACAAAGAGCGGAGUCAAGGAAGUGGCCGAGAGGAUUGAGCGAGUGUUCAACAGUGAAGAGGAGUAUAAUAGAUUGACUCAUUUUAAGAGACUUGGUAGCUAUGAGGACAGAUUUUUAGAAAUGUUUAAUUUCACAAGAAUUGAUGUCAAGUGUCGUUUAUGUCAGAAAAUCAUGUCAUUGAAAUGCAAAUGAAUUAUGAAUUUUUUAAUUUAAAUAUGAUAA